AAAAGAAGCGGCCGUGGAGCCACCGAGAGCUCUCGGCGUGAGUUUAGCCCUUCCGGCUCGUUUUCCCUUCACCCAGCCGCAGAUCUACCCGCUCCCGGAGAUAACGCGUGCCUGCACCCAGCCCACCCAGGGUCUGAGUCGAGACCAUGAUGAAAUUUCGAUUCCGCCGACCGGGCAAUGACCCGCAGCGGGAGAAACUCAAAUUGGAGCUGUUCGCCUUCAAUAAGACAGUCGAGCAUGGAUUUCCAAAUCAGCCUAGCUCUUUGGCACAUGAUCCGAAACUCCGGCUAAUGGCCAUUGCAACCAAAUCAGGAUCUUUGAAAAUCUAUGGAGUUCCAGGCGUGGAGUUUACAGGGCUACACAAAGAAACUGGCACAGUGACGCAGAUACACUUUCUACCUGGCCAGGGCCGCCUACUGUCUUUGUUAGAUGAUAAUACCAUUCACUUGUGGGAGAUUAAUCAAAAGAACAACUAUUCUUUCCUGGAAGAAGUCCGAACUUUCAGACUUCCUGGGCGGCCAGGAUUCGAUGGCGCAAAUGCUCCUCCCAGCAUUACCAGAAUUACUGUGAUCAUGUUAAGGUCUUGCUGCAAAGUGGCAUGCUUGGGGACAGAAGGUGGAGGUGUGUACUUCUUGGAUUUGCCUUCAGUGCAGCUGCUGGACGAUAGAACUCUCCUUCAGGAUGAAGUCUUGCAAGGUGUUCCAGAUGAUUACAAAUGUGGAAAAGCUCUGGGAGCAGUAGAGUCUCUCCAGGAACAUCCAACUGAUCCAGACAAGAUUCUGAUUGGCUACAGCAGAGGCCUGGUGCUCCUGUGGGGCCAGAGCACCCGCCAAGUGGAGAAUCUGUUUCUAAGCAAUCAGCAGCUUGAGAGCCUCAGCUGGGAGCGAAGCAGCAGGACAUUUGUGAGUUCCCACAGUGAUGGAAGCUACAUGGUGUGGCCAGUGAACAAUGCAAAGUACAAGAACCAGCCCAUCACCUCUUCGAUUCCAUUUGGCCCUUUUCCUUGCAAAGCUAUCAACAAAAUCCUUUGGAGAACCUCUGAAAUGGGGAGUCCGUUCAUAAUCUUCAGUGGAGGAAUGCCAAGAGCUAGUUAUGGAGACAGGCACUGCAUUACUAUAAUGCAGGGCAAGACCCAAGUUACUCUGGACUUCACCUCACGUGUGAUUGACUUCUUUACAGUGCAUAACAUAGAUCCAGACCAAGAGUAUGACAAUCCCAGAGCCCUUCUCGUGCUGGUUGAAGAAGAGCUGGUGGCAGUGGAUCUGCAGACUCCGGGCUGGCCAACCGUCACUCCACCAUACCUAGCACCACUCCAUUCCUCGGCCAUCACUUGUUCCUAUCACAUUUCCAACAUUCCAGCCAAGCUCUGGGAGAGGAUAAUCUCUGCAGGGAAGCAACAGAACCCUCAGAUUUCAACAGUGGAGUGGCCAAUUAAUGGUGGGAAAAAUCUGGCCCCAGAACCUGCCCACAAGGGACUUCUGCUCACUGGGCAUGAAGACGGGACAGUACGUUUCUGGGAUGCAUCUGGUGUGUCACUGAAACCUCUUUAUAAACUAGCCACAGCAAAUAUUUUCCAGACGGAUGCAGACCACAAUGAGGGUUUCUCUCAGUGUGGGGAGGAGGAAUGGCCUCCAUUCCGCAAGGUUGGCUGUUUUGAUCCUUAUAGUGAUGAUCCAAGGUUGGGAAUUCAGAAGAUUUCAUUAUGUAAAUAUAGCAGUCGGUUGGUGGUUGCUGGCACAGCAGGACAGGUUAUCGUAAUGGAAUUUAAUGAUGAAAAGUCAGAACGAAAAAUCAGUCUCUCUACAGUUGACCUCCUUCAGGAUCGUGAAGGCUUCACGUGGAAGGGCCAUGACAGGUUAAACCCAAAGGAUGGUUUAAUCAGCUUCGUCAGUGGCUUCCAGCCAAGCUUCCUGCUUCAGUGUGUCCCUCCAGCGGCUGUGACAGCAGUGGCUUUGCACACUGAGUGGCAGCUUGUGGCUUUUGGUACCAGUCAUGGUUUCGGCAUCUUUGAUUACCACAGGCAACAGCCAGUGCUGGCUAGGUGCACACUGCAUCCAAAUGAUUCUUUAGCAAUGGAGGGUCCACUGUCCCGGGUGAAAUCACUGAAGAAGUCAUUGCGUCAGUCAUUCAGAAGGAUUCGGAAAAGCAGGGUCUCUGGGAAGAAGCGACCAUCAUCAAGCAGCCCCACCAGCAAGAUCCAAGAAGCAAAUGCCAAACUUGCUGAGCAGGAUGGUCCUUGUGAUGUGGAGGUGACUCCAGUACAGAGACGGAUAGAGCCACGUUCUGCAGACGACUCUCUUUCGGGUGUUGUCCGCUGCCUUUAUUUUGCUGACACAUUUUUGCGAGAUGCCACACACCAUGGCCCUACACUGUGGGCAGGAACAAAUGCUGGGUCUGUUUACGCAUAUGCACUGGAGGUUCCAUCCAGGGAAAAGUGGACAGAGAGGUCCACGGAGGCUGUACUGGGUAAAGAAAUUCAGCUGAUGCACCGAGCCCCUGUGGUGUCGAUCGCAGUCUUGGAUGGGCGAGGAAACCCACUCCCUGAACCACUUGAAGUAUCUCGCGAUCUGGCCAAAGCCCCAGAGAUGCAGGGCAGCCAUUCUGUGCUGAUCAUCUCGGAGGAACAGUUCAAGGUGUUCACGCUGCCGAGGGUGAGCGCAAAGACAAAAUUCAAGCUGACUGCCCACGAAGGCUCCAGAGUAAGGAAACUGGGCUUGAUGAAUUUCCCCAGUGCUGUGUCGGAUGAAUAUUCGGAGAACUGCCUGGUGUGUUUAACAAACCUGGGAGACAUUCACAUCUUCACCAUCCCAGGACUCCGGCCUCAGAUCCGCUACGACUGCAUAAGGAAAGAAGACAUCAGUGGCAUAGCUUCAUGUGUCUUCACGAGGACAGGCCAGGGCUUUUAUUUGAUAUCACCAUCUGAAUUUGAGCGAUUCUCUCUGUCUACCAGAAACAUAACUGAACCACGUUGUGUGGUGGCAUGGGAAAGUGCAAGAGAGCCCCUGAGCCCUGUCUCUAGUUUAUGCAAUAACUUGCAGGGAUCGCCCAAGGUGAAUCAUUCCAAUGGAAUGCACAGGGUUCAGAACAAAGAAGAAAACAACUUGCUGGGCGCUACUGACGGGGUGAUGGAGAAUUUCUCACUGGCUUUGUCUCAGACACCACUGGACUCCCCCAUCAGCAGCACUGACAUCACCCUUGAUGCGAGCGGUGACAUGACAGUGGAGGACGUGAAAGACUAUUUGCCGGACUGCUAAUGGAAUGAGGAGCUUUGGAUACCUUGCAAUGUGACUGGUUAGCUGUGCAGAAAAGGGAAUAUUAUCUACCUUGCAUUGGGGUCAUGGACAUCGAUUUCACGGAGGUUUAAAUUGUCACAGCUUCUGUGCCAAAAGACAUUUUCUUCUAAGACUAUUAUCUGAAUCUCCACGUGGCACCAGUGGCCUCCGACUUGCCUUCAUUCUUACCCAACACUACACACAGAUAACUUUAUAAAGACUGAAUUUCAUAUGGUCAGUGAGGGACCCCUCUGAUAUCAUGGCUGGAAAAAAAAUCCAAAAUUUGACAGGAAGAAACUUCGAAUUUGGAAAGUUGAUCAUCAGUUUCCCCACAAAUCUGCCUCUCUAAGAAUCAGCUUUAAAUGACAUAAUCACAUUCUGUUUCCAGACUUUGAAAAGGAAUUAAAUUUCAAGGAAGUUUUUUGACUCUCCUUUACAGCUUUUCUGUUUUGUACAGAAGGUUUCAAUGAAUAAGAAUCCUUCAGUAGAUAUUCCUGAAUAAUGUUUACCUUCCUAUAAAGGGUUGAGCAAUGAUUACUGAAGCCUCUCUGAAUUAGCCCUGGGAGAACAGGGAGCUGAUUUAGUUUUCCAGUUUGCAGCAUAGUAAUGGUUGAAUUUUGAAUGAAACAGGUGUCUGAACCAUUUCGGUGCAAUCUACACCUUGGAGCAAGUUUAACUAUGCUACAUUUUAACCACUUUCUGAGAUGAUGUAUAAUUGUUCCUUGACAUUCAAUGUAAUUCGCCAAUGCACUUGCACGUUCAAUGGGCUUGAGGGUGUGACUAACCUCACUGUAGCAUACAUGCAUUCUACAAUGCCAGGUUUAGAUGGCAUAUGACCAGUUUUAAGCUGUUUUUAAUAAUUCAACUGUACAGUUUUCAAUAGCUAGACUCAAGCAAUUUUUAUGUUCGGCUUUCAUCUGAAUGUGUCAGUAAUAGAGGUUCCCCUCUCCACCCCUCCCUAAUACCUGUGCACAAAAUGGAAAAAUAUCUUCCUGGGUUCUCCUAUUUUUCUAGCGUUGAUCAUCAAAAUGACAGUGGUGCGAUGACCUUUUCUACGAUUAGGGAAUAAUGUUUUAAUUGCUUGUUUCACACAGUUUCUUCGGAUAGAAGAAGAAAUCUGAAAUUGUUCUCAAAGUUUGAUGGUCUUAAAUCAUGUUUAAUCAUUUUCUGCUGUUGCUGAAUCUCAUUACCCUGGAUAUCAUAUCUAACUGUGCUUCCAACAGUGUUACAUAGGUCACAUCUCUUGAAUAGAAUGGUAUUGCACUGGUGUGAUUUUUGUCUUUAAUUUUACUGACUGUCAAGCAGAAUGGUACAAUUUAUUUGUAAAUAUGCCUCCUUUAUUUUUGAAGGAUUUUUUUUGCAAUUUCUACAGGGCUGCUCACAGGAUUGUUCCCUUGUGUGGAAAGCGGUUGGUACUUGCAUUCUUCUGUCUGUACUUGUCAUUAUUAGACACUUUGAUAUUGACUCCGCAGGCACUGUGAAAAUUCCAGUAUUUUUUUAAGACUGUGCUGUUUACAAUACCAUUUUCUAGUAGAAUGUGUGCUGUUGAACAAAAGCUCAUUACAUUAUCUAAUGGAUUUUGCUUUUAACAGUAAUAAAGCAUCUAGUGUCUCAUGAACUUAACUCACUAGUGCUAGCUUUUUUCCUAGAGCUCUGAAGGCGAACUCUUGUGGAGAGGGUAAAGAUAGUCCAUCACACAACAGAACUCAGCACUUCACUCUAACCAGUCAUUACUAAUCCCAUUUAUAAGCACCUGCUGUGUAGAUCAUUCAAGUGCUUGGCUCAAUAAUUGAGAAACCUUUAAACAGUGACAUUCCCCUUCAGUUGCUUUAUGUGGAACUUGAAGAUUAAAAACCUACAAAUGACCUGUAGUCAGAGAUGACAAGGGGCAAAUUGAAGAUCCAGUUGUGAUAAAGGGUCCUUGACUUGAAAUAUUACCUGUUUCUCUUUACACAGAUGCUCCCUGAUCCAAGUGUUACCAGCAUUUUCCUUUUUUUAAAAAAAAAUUUCAGGUGUCAAUCAUCUGCAGUUGUUUUGCUUUGAUUUUGAAGGGUAACACCCAUCCAUUGAACAUACUUGAAGGGGUCUUUAACCACUGAGCAAUGUUAAUGCAGUUAAGGUGAAGUCCCUUGUAAUCAAUAGUCAAGGAGUUUUUGUAUGGAGCCUCAAACGCAGCUGAUGGAUUGGCUAUUUUUCUGUAAUUGUUCACUGAUUCUUCCCUGCCUUGUGCCCAAUCCCUAAAACACAAAGAAAGGACCUAAGAAAUAGGAGCAGGAGUCGGCCAUCUGGCCCGUUGAGCCUGCUCCACCAUGCAGUAAGAUCAUGGCUGAUCUGGCCAUGGACUCAUCUCCACCUACCUGCCUUUUCCACAUGACCCUUAUUUCCCCAACCAUGCAAAAAUUUAUAUAACUUUGUCUUAAAUAUAUUUACUGAAGUAGCCUCCACUGUUUCUUUGGGCAGAGAAUUCCACAGAUUCGCUACUCUCUGGGAAAAGCAGUUCCUCCUCAGCUCUGCCCUAAAUCUACUCCCCCGAAUCUUGAGGCUAUGUUCCCUAGUUCUAGUCUCACCUACCAGUGGAAACAACUUUCCUGCCUCUGUCUUAUCUAUCCCUUUUCAUAAUCUUGUUUCUAUAAGAUCUCCUAUUCUUCUGAAUGCCAGAGUACAGUCCCAGGAGGCUCAAUCUCUCAUAGUCUAACCCCCCACCCCUUUAAAGGCAUCCGUUAGUCUUGUAAGAUCAUGGAUCUGCACCUGGAAAGUCUUCACUCUCCAGGGUGCAGGCCUGGGCAAGGUUGUAUGGAAAACCAGCAGUUGCCCAUGCUGCAAGUCUCCCCUGUCCAUGACACCAACAUUGUCCAAGGGAAGGGCAUUAGGACCCAUACAGCUUGGCACCAGUGUUGUCGCAGAGCAAUGCCUUGCCCAAGGACACAACCCGUUCCCUCGGCUGGGGCUCGAACUC